AGUUACAAGCUGGAUCCUUUUCAGCAAGAAACCUGCAAUGUCAUUGACAUUGAAGAAAAUGUGUUGGUAGCGGCACACACUUCUGCUGGAAAGACCACAGUAGCUGAUUACGCGAUUCAGGCGUGUUUAGACGAUAAAUCUAAAGUAAUAUAUACAAGUCCCAUCAAAGCUCUCUCUAAUCAAAAGUACAGGGAUAUUAUGGAUGUUCACUCUUCUAAUGUUGGUCUCAUGACUGGAGAUGCUUGUUAUAACCAGGAAGCUGCUAUUUUAAUUAUGACGACAGAAAUUUUGCAUUCUAUUUUGUUCAAAGGAAGCCAGCUGUUGCGAGAAGUUAAAUGGGUGAUAUUCGACGAAGUUCACUACAUGCGUGACAAAGAACGCGGGGUCGUGUGGGAAGAAACUAUAGUUUUGUUACCAGAAUCGGUCAAACUAAUUUUUCUGUCUGCUACUAUACCGAACUCUAUUGAGUUUGCUAACUGGAUUGCAAAAAUAAAAAAUAGUCCGUGCCAUGUAAUUAGUACAAAUUUUCGACCUACUCCACUGCGCCAUUAUUUGUUUCCUAGUGGAGGAAAUCAUUUAAUUCUGGUUCAAAACGAAUUAAGAAAGUUUCAAUACAAUAAUGUCAAACACGCACUAGAAUCGAUCAAUGAAACUGACAAUACUGCAGAACCAAAAAAGAAGAGACGUUUUAAAGAAGAUUCGAACCAACUUACAAACCAAGAACUAGAUAUAAAAAAAUUGUUGAAUUUGUGUAUCUCUUCCAAGUAUCUCCCCAUUAUAGUUUUCGCGUUUUCAAAGAAAGAGGUCGAAAACAACGCUCAAAUUUUUUGUAACUUAGAUUUGACUACAGAACAAGAAAAAAUUGCUAUCGAGGAAGUGUACAACAGUGCGCUUGAAAUAGUGUCAUCUGAAGAUAGAAAACUACCUCAGUUCAGCACACAUCUCGCAUAUUUACGCACAGGAAUUGGAGUCCAUCAUGGUGGACUGUUACCAAUCAUCAAGGAAAUCACGGAAAUCUUGUUUCAAGAAAACCUGCUUAAAAUUCUGUUUAGCACAGAAACUUUUAGUAUGGGAAUUAACAUGCCUGCUAGGUCUGUUAUUUUCACAGGUCUGCAAAAAUUCGAUGGCGAACGUCAGCGCAUGAUAACGCCUGGAGAAUAUACUCAGAUGAGUGGAAGAGCUGGAAGAAGGGGAAUAGAUACGCGUGGAUACAGUAUCGUUCUUUUAACCUCUAAGUAUAAGGAGGAACAGCUUGAAAGGCUGUUUACCGGAUCAGCUCUUAUGCUUUCUAGUCAAUUCUAUUUGAAGUACUCUACAAUUCUUAAUUUACUUCGUAUCCAAGGACUUUCGCCUAUGUUCAUUAUAAAAAAGUCUUUUUUUAAAUUUCAACUUGGUUCAAAAAGAUUACAACUGGAAGAAGAUCUGAAAGACUUGAAUAAAAAAAUAGCAAACUUGAAUGUUCCCGCCAUGUACAACACAGUUUUCUACAAUGCUUCAAACGUCAACGAAGACCCUGACAAAAUUAAACUGGACGAAAGAAUCCUUCUCAUGCUCGACACGACAAAUUAUGAUUUAGCCAAAUACAGCAUAGAAACGUAUCUCGAAAUGGGAUUAAGUGAUUAUUAUGCUAUGGUUAAUGCCAAUCUAAACAAUUUUUCAUCGGCUCUUAUGAUGCCUACGUUUGACUGGCUAAGCGGUAAAUCUUUUUCAUACAUCUGUUCGACUUAUAAACUUUACGAAGGAACAAUAGUACGGUCGUUUAAACGUAUCGAAGAGGUUUUACAAGAAGCUUGUUCUGUUGCACACUUAUUGGGUAGUACUUCUUUGGAGGAAUUGUUGAUAGAAACUUUGAAGUUACACAGACAUGGAAUAAUAUUUACAAGCAGUUUAUAUUUAGUAGAAUAA